GAUACUAUGGUCGGCUCUUCCCAGUAUGCUUUGCGCGGAGAAAACUCUCCUUCCCAGGGCAGUCAAGUACAUCAUACGUUAUUCGCUGCAGUCUCGCCGUGCCCAGAACGUAAUUUUAUAUUAUACCGGACGCUGUGGAAGGAAAACAUUUCCAACACGGUUCCAACCGCACCAAGGCACAAUUUUCAACCGCGCCGAGGCAAAAUUUUCAACCACGCCGAUACAGCUGUAACGUUAGUGGACGAUCCCUUACGUGUCAAAGGUUACGUCACCACAUGCUGCUAGCAACGAAGGUGGAGGAAAGUCAAGUGGAGUUAUGGACAGACACGCUGCUGGGGCUCAGGAUCCCUUCCCCCAUCAUUUUGACACUGUUGAUGAGCUUCUAGAGGACUAUUGGAGGAGAGGAUACCAAUAUGCAGAAAUAUCAGAACUCCUUUCUAGAUUUCACAACAUUGACCUGAAUGUGAGGCAAAUCAAGUAUAGGUUCAGAAAGUUGGGAUUGUCAAGGUACGGUGGGGCUGACCCAGACGAGGCAGUACGUGCAGCAAUUCGGCGUGAGCUUCAGGGACCAAAUAAGCAUUCUGGCUACAGAAGGAUGUGGAGGUGCCUUAAAAGAAAUCAUGGGUUAAAUGUCAGGAGGCGUACUGUCCAACAAAUACUUAGACAAGAAGAUCCUGAGGGGUCAGCCCAAAGAAGAAGGCGUCGUCUUGCACGCAGAAGAUACUUCAGCCGGGGCCCAAAUCACGUAUGGCAUAUUGAUGGGAAUGAUAAACUUAGAGCUUAUGGCUUCUUCAUUCAUGGCUGCAUUGAUGGAUACAGCAGGCGCAUCAUGUGGCUGAAGGUUGGACCAACCAACAAAGACCCCAAAAUUGUUGCCAGUUUCUACCUAGAUGCUGUCUGCCAACUUGGAGGUUGCCCCUUGAUAGUCAGGAGCGAUCCUGGAUCAGAGAAUGUCGUGGUGGCUGCAAUACAGUGUACAUUUCGUGCACGUGAUGCUGACGAACAUGCAGGCCCUAAAAGUCACCAAUAUGGAAAAUCUGUCCAUAAUCAGAGAAUUGAAGCAUUUUGGUCACAUCUUAAACCAAGACUGCGGUGGUGGAUUGAAGUUUUCCAGGGCUUGGUUGAUGAUGGAGACUUUGAAGUAGGAAAUUGUAUUCACACCUGGUGUCUUCAGUAUUGCUUAAUGCCCAUUGUGGCACAAGAUUUGGACACGUUCGCACAAGACUGGAACGACAGAAGAAUCCCACCCCACCACAGCGCAUUGGUGCCUGCGGGACGCCCAAAUGUACUACACUUCCUACCAGAGCAGACAGGUGGUGAGGAUCAGCUUCAAGUUGUUCCUGGUGGGAUGAUGCAGGCAGCAAGACGUCAUUGUAAGCAAUACAGUAUGGUUGGGAGUGAGAGGUUUCAUAGAUAUGCAGGCGACAUGCUGACCAGAAUGGGCAGGACAUCUCCCAACAACACCAACGAAGCUAUCAACUUGUACAAAGACCUUGUGGUCCUAGCAGCUGGGAUGUAAAAAGGGGUGGU